AAGCAUUUCGCAAUUGUUCACUCGGCGCACCUGCCCAUAAGAUCAAUAGACUUUUGUGUCAUAAUUUCGGUUAGUUUCAUUUUGUUUUGAAAAAUGUUCAAAUGCCAGAUUUGUGAGCAACCGGCUCACGGGCAGCAUUUUGGAGUUGUUAGUUGCAGAGCCUGUGCGGCGUUUUACAGAAGAGCCACGUUGAAUCCGAAAAAGAAAAUAUUACCAAAUUGCAUUCAUGAAGAUGGGAAGAAAAUGGAUGAAAACGGAGUGUUUUCGUGUAGAAGGUGUCGGUUAAAAAAAUGUCUGAAAAAAGGGAUGGAUGCUUCUAAAUUCCAACUCGAACGUGACCUGAUUUCAAGUUCACUGAGCAUGGCUGAAAUUCCUCAGACCCUUUCAACUUUCCUUGGCCGCCCGAAUUUUCUACUCUUCUGCAACCCACUCGAACCUUCAACAACCGCAAAAACUGUAGUGGAUUUCAGUUGUCUACUAGAAAGAGCCAAUGAAUUGCUGAAAAAUGGUCGCUGGAACCCUUAUAACUCAGAGAUAAGCAGUCUGGAAAAAAUGGCCAUGCGAUAUGAGAAUAUGCAAAUUAUAAAGUCAAGUAGACUUCGUCAUUUAAGCCGAAUGGGAAAAGAUGAGACGAUUUUGAUUUGGGAGCAGAAAAUUCUGAAUACAACGGACUGGCUCACGAAUUUCAAUGAAUUCAAUGUUCUGCCACUUGAUGUUCAGUUGAAAAUAGUGAAAACCAUUUGGCAAGUCUAUGGAAGAUUCGAGAAAAUUGCAAAAACUGCAGAGCUCCGAAGAAAAAAGUUGAUUGAGCACGACAAUGUGUUUAUGGUAGGAGAUGAAGCUUGCUUGAAUUCGAAAAAUGUGGAGAUGGAUGUUUCGUGGUAUACGGAUUACAGUUUUGAGCAAAUUGCGUACUUCAUGGACUGCUUCCACGACGACAUCUAUCUGCAAAUUGUCAAAGAAUUCGAGACCCUGAAUCCGACACCCAUUGAGCUCAACUUUAUGCUGCUGCAAGUCUGCCUCCACCACGCCGGGAAGAAGCUGCAUGGCGACAUGUUAGAAUUGACAGAUUAUCUACAGGAAGUUAUUUCUAAUCAACUACACAAUCACUACCUGAAUGUUCGAAAAAUGCCAAAUUACUCCGCCAGGCUUGCCAGAAUGAUGAAAGUCAACAAUUUGAUGAGGACGGAUCUUCGGCGACAAUCUGAAAAAGUGCAGUUGGCAAUGGCUUUUGAUGUAUUCAAACUGGAGCUGUCGCACCCGGAAGUUAUGUGUUGAUGGCAGUUAUUGAUUUUUUUUUCAAAUUGUUAAUAUUGUUCUGCAUAAAUAAAGCAAUUGAUCUCCU